CAACAACUCCCAGCAGCACCGCCACACCCAACACCAAACCCACCACCAUCACCGUCACCGUCACCGUCACCAUGAAAGCCGUCACCACCAUCCUCCUCACCCUCACCACGCUGGCCUUUGCCGCGCCCAACCCAGCCGUCCUCUCCACCCGGCAGGAAGCCGAGUGCUCAAACUGGUGCCAGUGCAUAGACGGCCUAGGCCGCACCCUUAGCGGCCCCAGUAAAACGUGCUGCGUGAACGGCACGCUCAGUGACGACGACACGUGCGGAGGUGUGGCCGAAUCAUCCGUGGAGACUUAUCAGGCUUGCUGCGCCUUAAACUCCGGCUACCCCAUAUGCCAAUCGUGCGGGGAGUGAAAUUUAAAGGUACGGCCACGUACGUCGCUAGAUGAGAAGGGUGGCACUAUGGGGUAGGUGUGGUCUGAAGCCGGGAGAGUGUUGGGUAUUGGUCGGUGGAAGAACAUUGAGCCAGCGAACCUCGUUAGUUGUUGUUGAAGAACGAGGCGGGAGUCCAUGGCAAAAGCUGCUGUGGCAGUACGUCAGGAGUCCUAGAGCGGUUCGAGGGCUGAUAAUGGGACUUCACUUCACUUGAGGAGAUCGGCAGGUUGGGGAGCAGUCAGAUUCUCUACCAUGGAGUCAGUGGACCGUGAAAGGACGAGCAAUAUAGCUCAGUAUCUAAGGCC